AACUCAGUUGCGAUUGGACUCUCCAACCGUGAGGUUGUAUUAAACGGAAACUCCUAGCAAAAUGUGUUAAGUUUAGUUAAAAACCUUCAAUUAUAAGCAAUAAGUAGCACAAAAAGCUAGAGAAAACAGCAACAAAAUGUGGCAUUGGAGUUUGUUGUGUGUUUUCCUACUUGUUCCGUUGGCGAAUUCCACGGCUCCAAUAAGUUUUGAGGCAAAUCCGGACACCAAACGUCUCUAUGAUGAUUUGUUGAGCAACUACAAUCGAUUGAUUAGGCCCGUUGUGAACAACACGGAGACCCUGACGGUUUGGUUAGGUCUGAAAUUGUCUCAGCUGAUUGAGGUCAAUCUGAAGAAUCAGGUGAUGACCACCAAUCUGUGGGUGAAGCAGCGCUGGUUCGACUACAAGUUGCGAUGGGAUCCAGAGGAAUACGGCGGAGUUGAACAGCUGUAUGUGCCAUCUGAGCACAUUUGGGUACCGGACAUUGUGUUGUACAACAACUGGGAUGGCAACUAUGAAGUAACUCUGAUGACGAAAGCCACUCUGAAGUAUACGGGAGAAGUCUUUUGGGAGCCACCUGCUAUAUACAAGUCAUCCUGUGAGAUGAAUGUCGAAUACUUUCCGUACGACGAACAAAUUUGCUUCAUGAAAUUCGGUUCAUGGACCUACAAUGGUGCCCAAGUGGAUCUGAAGCAUUUGGAUCAGAUUCCUGGCAGUAACCUAGUGCAAGUUGGCAUCGAUCUCACGGAAUUUUAUUUGUCUGUGGAAUGGGACAUACUUGAAGUGCCGGCUACCAAAAAUGAGGAGUAUUACCCCGAUACACUGGAACCCUUUUCAGAUAUCACAUUUAAGUUGACCAUGCGGCGUAAGACCUUGUUCUAUACCGUUAAUUUGAUUGUGCCAUGUGUGGCUUUAACAUUCCUCACGGUGUUGGUCUUUUAUUUGCCCAGCGAUUCGGGCGAAAAGGUAACAAAGAUGGAUCCUCCAAAUUCAAUGAUCAAAAAUCUGAGAGUGAUACCUUCUUUUUUGUGGCACGUAGCAUGUUUUUGUUAAUUUUAACACGUAGAAUUAGAUUUCCUAUAGCUUAGAAAACUGAAAAAUAGCUUUUGUACAUAUGCUUUCUUUAUUUUUAUUAAAUUUAUAUUUUUAAAAUAAUUUUGUGAAGUAAUUUCAAAUGCAAAUUCACUUAAGUGUACUCCCUAUAACUUAAAACACUCAAAAACAUUGACUCUACAAUGAACCUAUACCUUAGAUGAGCUAUCUUUUUCAUAUGCACAAAUCGAACUCCUUUCAAUUACUUUAACUAUCACUCCCCAAUCUUUCAAGUCUUGCUAAGUCAGCUAUCCUAAAGCUGAGCUCUUGCAUUCCCUAGCCAGAUACUACAAAUUCUAAAUUGGCUUUUAAAAACAAAUAUUUUAAACGAACACUAUCCAAAUUCUUUCCGAGAAGAGCUCAACUUGAACUUCCUGCUCUUUCCAAUCUUAAACUCUCUCUAUUUUACGCUCCAAUUUUGUAACUAAUGUGUAUAUCAUAAUGAUAUUUAGCUUUUUCUAUCUAUCCAUCAAAUAAUCAGCUCCGCAUUCGCAGCAGCAACUAUCAGAAUUUUUGAAAGCAGCACACAGAUAUUUACGUCUCAGAAAAUAUAUAUGAAUAUAUCAUACAUAUGUAUAUCGUGUACACCACAUUUUUUGCUGAAUAUCAUGUGUGCUGUCCUGAGUUGAGAAAUCUCAUAACGUAAAUUUUCAUCGAAUGCAUACAAAUGCGCAAUCGAUAUCGACAUUGAACCCAAUCCGAAUCGAGUCGUAUUCAAAAUGUCAAAAAGCCACUCGCAAAAUUUUCCAUAUCGCGUAUCUUGUAAUUAAGCAGCGCACUCACACACCCGCUCACUGAAACACACACACACACACACACCUAGGACACCUGCAUUCAGCACAGGCACACCUACACCUACAUACACAUUCACUUUAUAAACACACACUAACAAACACGUACUGGACUCGUGCAGUUUGUUGUUGAAUUCAUUUUAUCGUUGCCCUAGAGUUUGUUCGUUCAGUCGUAUUGCUCAAGUAAAGAUACAAUACAUACAUGCUUCCCAUCGAGAUUGAUAUAAUAUAUAAACCCGAUAUGAAUCAAAAAGAAGAUUAUUCAGUUUUUUAAAUAGCAUGUAAUACACCUGAAAUUUUUAAGGUUUUUAAGCAAAGUAAGAUUGCCGUGGAAUAAUAUAUUUCGUAGUAGAUACUUACUGCUUUCUGGGUUCCAUAUAGAUAUUCAUUUCGUACUGUUAAAUUUAAUAGAAAAGAUUUUAAAGCAAUGUAACUUUAAAAAUUUAAAAUUCCAAAAUUUGAACAACACAGGAAUUUAAUACAAAGUGAUUCAAUAUAACAUUUUUUGUAUCAAAAACUUAACCACUUAAAAACUUCGAAGAAAAAGAUACACAGUGAAUCUUUUGAUUGACACAGAUACACUCGUACUCAGAAAGUUCACAUGUAAACGUAGUAAAAUGCGCUUUGUUCCUUUGAUUUGUUGGUGUUGAUUGUUUUCGUGUAAACUUCGAAUGAUUGAUUGAUGUGGGUAGGUGCAGGAUGUCCCAUCCCCAUAGAUUGUGCGUUCGCGAGUGUGUUAGUUGUGGGUCUUUAGCUUAGUCACAGGAUACGCGAUGCAGUCCUGAAGUACGUAGCCAUUUCGUUGUUUAAGACCAAUUGUUUGUUAAAGUAUUCGUAUGUUUAUUUUAAGGCCUUGGAGUGUUAAUAUUACAAUAUAUAUUAUCUCCCUGGCCAAUCAUAUUUUUCGUACCAGUAAUUGGCUUUAUUAAUUAAACAAAUUAUUAUGAUUGUGUUUUCAUUUGGUUGUUGUUAUGUGUUCAAUGUCGUUGUUGGUUGAUUGUUGGUUUGAUUGUUUGACUGUUUGACCGUUUGAUGGCUCGUGUAUCUGUCGGAUCGAGUGGGUAGCGAUAGCCGAGAGAUAUCGACAGGUGGAAAUUGUGUAAACAUUUCGUUGACAGGUUACGUUAUGUAUUUCGAUACUCGUGUCGUUGACCGUGUUUUUCCUGCUCUUGGCCGAAAUUAUCCCCCCAACCUCGUUGGCCGUGCCCCUGCUGGGCAAGUACCUUCUCUUUACCAUGAUACUCGUCUCGCUAUCCGUUUGGACGACGGUCUGCGUGCUGAACAUCCAUUUCAGAUCUCCAUCUACGCACAAUAUGUCGCCGCUGGUGCGGAAACUCUUCCUGCACUUCAUGCCCAAGCUGAUGAUGAUGCGGCGGACGCAGUACACUCUGCCCGACUACGAUGACUCCACUCCGAGCAAUGGGUACACCAACGAGAUCGAUGUGCGGUAAGUGGCAACCAACUCGCGAAAUUGAAAGUAAACACUUGACUUUGGCCUGCCUGUUUGUGUUGUGGCAUGGGCUGGUUUUCCCCUGCAGUGACAGCAUCAGCGAUUUUCCCAGCGAGUUUAAGGACAGCCAGGAUGGCGCUUACGAUAAUGGCAUGCAGAACUCUGUGGAUUCCGACAAUGUGAUACCGCGCAACUUAACACCCGAAGUGCUGCAGGCGUUGCGUGCGGUCAGAUUUAUUGCGCAGCAUAUCAAGGAUGCCGACAAGGAUAACGAGAUUGUGGAGGACUGGAAGUUCGUAUCGAUGGUGCUGGACCGCUUCUUUCUCUGGCUCUUCACGCUGUCCUGUGUGUUCGGGACCUUGGCCAUAAUAUGUCAGUCGCCAUCGCUAUAUGACACCCGGUCGCCCAUUGACCGCCAGCUGAGCGAGAUUCCUUUGCGCAAAAACAAUUUCAUGCUGCCGCCGGACAUUGUCCGUCAGGUCCUAACCUAAUUGGGGUCCCGAGGUCUUCCCGUCUGAGUUAACAAUGCUUCCGAGGCUCGGAACUGUGUUUUUUAUGAUGCGCAAUCAAAUCAGUUGUUUGCUGGGAAUGCGGCAACGAUUUAUGUCUAAGUGUUUAUCAUCCUGCAAUGCUGUAAAACCGAAUUAGCUAUAAAACAUGGAAACUAAAUAAAAAAAAUUCUGUUUU